AAUGACAGCUUCAGAUUCUUCCAGGAAAACCUUGGAAAUGGAGAGUUUCCACACUAGGUUCAGUGCCUGGACACCUUUUUGUAAUAAGUCAUUAAACAGACAGCUCUUUCAGGAAAGAGUUGCUCUUGUAAGUCAUUGGUUUGACCUCUGGACCAACAAGCAGCGUCAAGAAUUCUUACUCACGAUUUUCUUACGAUGCACUAAAUCCCAAAUAAGGUUUGUUCAAGACUGGUUUUCACAAAGGAUGCAAGUGGCCAACGCGGACUUCUCGACAGUCUUACCGCGCUCCAUCUCUCUAUAUAUCUUUUCCUUCCUGAACCCCAAAGAUUUGUGUGCAGCUGCACAAGUCAGCUGGCCUUGGAGGUUCCUCACGGAGCAGGAUUGUUUAUGGAUGCCCAAGUGCAUCAAGUUUGGGUGGUUCCUGCCCUAUACACCAACAGAUAAAGAGUAUGGUGCUUGGAAGCAUCAUUACAUUGCUUGUGUGUCCAGCUUAGACUGGCUAACACCUCGGGAAGCUGCUGCUAUUUAUGGGACCUUGAAUGAGCCCAAAGCAGGAGAUGAGGAGCUACAGGAGAGACAAAGAGAAAAGUGCCUGAGGAAAAUAAUUUGGGAGAACAUUGCACUGCGUAAGAAGAAGUUAUUCAAAGGCCGGCCCCCUUGGUCCAGCGGAACCUGCUGCUCCAGAUUGCUCCACUCCAAAAGCCAACCAUGGCUCUCCCAGCCUGCGUGGGAUCGGCAAGGUCUGCAUGAAGCUUUGGAGAAACAGCUCGUUCUGGCAUCCUUGGAGGCACUGCCCUGGAGAAGCAAUGUCUCUGGAAGCCGUUCCUACCCUUUAUUGAAUAGCAGCUGGCGAGGGCUUUCUCCGAGUGACGACAGCACCUCUCGCACAAGCUCUCCACACCUGAUAGUCAUUUCAUCUCGGAUUCCCGCCCAUGAGAUGCUGGUGGCCAGUGUGAGGGCAGGGAUAAUUUCUCUGGUGUAUGAUCACAGUGGCAUAACCCUGGAGAGCCUGCUUUAUCUCAUAGACAAAGCUCUGGAUGGACAGAGGGUAACGAGCAUGGGAAUAUUUAGCGACGGAAAUAGCAGAGAAGUCAAUUUACUCCAAGGCUAUGAAAUUGGUGUUAAAAAUGUAUUGCGGCCCGAAGUGAGAGAUUUCUGGGAGAAACUAGGAAGCUACGUGGUCCCUGAAGAAGAAGGGGGUCAUGUGGAUCUCUUUGUACCACUUGGAGCAUCAGAGUCGGGAGUAGAAGUUCUUUCGCAGUUGUCACAACUCACCGGCACACUCUUUACUGCACCCAGUGGGGUAGCGACUGGCUCUUACCAACACAUUCUCAGUGAUUGGCUGUGGCAGCCGCGGGAGAGGCCGCCCCCCUGCAUCUACUUCAGCGAGGCACCGCUGCAGGCCUGGUGCCACCUCACGGACCACCUGGACGACGCCCUGAGGGCCGCGAGGAAGCAGCUGGCACCUCAGUUCCGGGAGCUGCGGGCGAGCGUCAGUGGCAGGAUCCUGGGACAGUUUGUGUUUGAUGCCAUGAGUCUGGGCGCCAUUCUGAGGAACCAGGAGACUGCGCAGGUCCUGGCAGAGGGAUUGACAGAGCUUUCAAGAGAAAAUCCUGAAAGAAAUGGCAGAAAAGAUCAUCCUCAAGGCACAAGUCUCAGCAAAAGUGAUCAAAAUUUUGAGGAGCUGGUUAAACUGGAGAGGAAGCUUCAGAGGGACUCAGCAGUCAAGCGAACGAGAGUGGCCCAAGAACUCCUGGAGAGCGAGAGGAAGUACGUGCAGACGCUGGAGGUGGUGAGAGCUGUGUAUGUGGCGCCCCUGCGAGCAGCACUGUCGUCCAACAGAGCCAUCCUGAGCGCUGCCAACAUCCAGAUCAUCUUCUCUGACAUCCUGCGGAUCUUAAGUCUCAACAGGCAGUUCUUAGAUAACCUCAGAGACAGACUACAGAACUGGGGCCCAGCUCACUGCCUGGGAGAAAUUAUCCUGAAGUUUGGGAGGCAGCUGAACAUAUAUACCAAUUUCUUCAACAAUUACCCUGUUGUUCUGAAAACGAUUGAGAAGUGCAGAGAAAUGACGCCCGCAUUCCGUGCUUUCCUGAAGAGGCAUGAUAAGACCAUUAUUACUAAAAUGCUAAGCCUGCCGGAGCUGCUUUUGUUCCCAUCCCGGAGAUUUGAAGAAUAUAUUCAUCUUCUCUACGCUCUGUGGCUUCAUACUCCAGCAGAACACGCUGACCGCGGGGACUUGACCGCUGCAAUUGACCAAAUGAAAAACUAUAAAGGUCAUAUUGAUCAGAUGAAACUAAUUGCCAGUAUGAAGGAUCAGCUGUCAGAUAUACGGAGGAGCAUCUCGGGGUGCCCGACUCUAUCUGAAGAAAACAGAUAUCUGAUUAGGGUCCAAGAUGUAGCCCAGCUUCACUGCUAUCGUGAUGAAGGAUGCUUCUCUGUGAGGCUCUACGAACACACCCACGAUCUCAGCCUGUUCCUCUUCAAUGACACGCUGCUUAUUUCCAGUCGGGGCACGUCUCACACUCCAUUUGAAAGGACUUCAAAGUCAACCUACCAGUUCAUUGCAUCGGUCGCCCUUCAGAGGUUGCUCAUAGAAGAUAUUCCAGAUUCCAAAUAUAUCAAGAAUGCAUUUAUUCUUCAAGGCCCAAAGAGUGAAUGGAUUUGUGCUACGGAGGCUGUGGAUGAUAAAUUCCUGUGGCUAUCAGCACUUCAAAACGCAAUCCGGAGUAGUAUGGAGAAGUGA